UCACCUGUGCCCAGCAUGGACUCACCUGUGCCUAGCAUGGACUCACCUGUGCCCAGCCUGUACUCACCUGUGCCUAGCAUGGACUCAUAUGUUCCCGGCAUGUACUCACCUGUGCCCUGCAUGUACUCACCUGUGCUCAGCAUGGACUCACCUGUGCCCAGUAUGGACUCACCUGUGCCCAGCGUGACUUUACAGGACGCAGCUGAGGUUGGUAGUAAAGUGUACCUUGGAGUGCGAGUGAAGAUGCCAGUCAAAGAUCUGCUGAAGAACAUCCGCAUGGCUCAGGGAUGGAACCCUCAAGACAUUCAGAACCGUGACAAGAAGAAUGUCAAAGGCUCCAAGAAGAGAGUGAAAACACGCCGAAGAAGCAGCAAGAGAAAAGUAGUGAGCAGCAGCCUGGAGGAUCUGGCCAUCAUUGUGGAAGUUCUAGAAGAAGAUCUGAGAACUUCCUGCAUCAACUCUUCUUCUUCUUCUUCUUCUCCUUCUUCUUCUUCUUCUUCUUCUUCUUCUUCUUCUUCUUCUUCUUCUUCUUCUUCUUCUUCUUCUCCUUCUUCUUCUUCUUCUUCUUCCUCGCUGGAUCACGAGGAUGAGUCCGAUGACAUCAUCCCCAGCCCACAGUCCCACUGGACGUUCUCACCAGGGUCAGCUGGGUACCAUCAAGCCCCGCCCCCUCUCACAUGGACACCAAGCCCCUCCUACUUCUUCUGGACGCAGCUUCAGAAGCAGGAAGUUCGUCUGAGGGACGUCUCUGAUGACUUCCUGUUGGCCACCGAUGGACACGGACGCACAGCGCUCCACAGCGUUGUGUGUGCUGGCCAGAGGGCGCUGGCCUACGCUGUUGCUAAAAGGAUGGCGGCCCUCAACUGUUUGGACCUGAAAGACAAGGAUGGAAUGACUGCUCUGCUCCUGGCGGCUCAGCACAACCAGCAUCUGAUGGUGCAAGACUUCAUCCUUCUGGGCGCCAACGUCGCCGAGAAGAACCACUCGGGAAAGUCCUGCCUUCACCUCAGUGCAGAAAGGGGAUUCCUUCAAGUCCUUCAGGUCAUCCAAGGUGUGAUGAUCCAGGGGGUGUACGUGGACGUUGAAGCCAAGGAUGACGCUGGAAUGAGUGUCCUCCAGUGUGCUUCGGUGGCCUUGAAGAGGACUCUGCAGGACUUGGAAGUCUGCAAGUUCCUUGAUGACACACAAAUGUACGUCCUCCAUCUGCUGGACACUCUGGAGUGUCUUCUGCAAAUGGCCAGCUACUCGCAUGCCAUGGCCAGCAGCAGUGUGAGGUCCUAAGUCUGCCAAGUCGUCCCACCAGAGACCCGACAGUAAAGUCCUGAGUUGAAGAAGGUCCAGUUUGUGAUCAGGAGAGCAGAUGAAAGUUGUUCUCUCAUGAAUUGUGUCCUGCUACGUAGUUCAUCUAAGGUGGUGCCAUCAACGAGUCCAACAAGUCCAACAAGUCCUCUUCAGGUCUUCAAGAUGUGCACACACAGUUUAGGUGCCCACCAGCUGGUUUCUGUGAAACUUCACCGUUUGUUACGUCUCAGUAGCAACUUAAUAGUCACCCACUUCACUUGGAAGAGGUGCAGAGUAUACCAUACCAUAGCAUACAGGUGUAUGCACCUUCUUUCUAGUAUACACAGGGUAUACCAUACCAUAGAUGUACACACAUACAGGUGUAUGCACCUUCUUUCUAGUAUACACAGAGUAUACCAUACCAUAGAUGUACACGCAUACAAGUGUAUGCACCUUCUUUCUAGUCUACACAGAGUAUACCAUACCAUAGAUGUACACGCAUACAAGUGUAUGCACCUUCUUUCUAGUCUACACAGAGUAUACCAUACCAUAGAUGUACACGCAUACAAGUGUAUGCACCUUCUUUAAAGUGUACACAGAGUAUACCAUACCAUAGAUGUACACAUGUACAUUAGUCUACACAGGGUAUACCAUACCAUAGAUGUACACGCAUACAAGUGUAUGCACCUUCUUUCUAGUCUACACAGAGUAUACCAUACCAUAGAUGUACACGCAUACAAGUGUAUGCACCUUCUUUCUAGUCUACACAGAGUAUACCAUACCAUAGAUGUACAUGCAUACAAGUGUAUGCACCUUCUUUCUAGUCUACACAGAGUAUACCAUACCAUAGAUGUACACGCAUACAAGUGUAUGCACCUUCUUUCUAGUCUACACAGAGUAUACCAUACCAUAGAUGUACAUGCAUACAAGUGUAUGCACCUUCUUUCUAGUCUACACAGAGUAUACCAUACCAUAGAUGUACACACAUACAAGUGUAUGCACCUUCUUUAAAGUGUACACAGAGUAUACCAUACCAUAGAUGUACACAUGUACAUUAGUCUACACAGGGUAUACCAUACCAUAGAUGUACAUGCAUACAAGUGUAUGCACCUUCUUUCUAGUCUACAAAGAAAAUACCAUACCAUAGAUGUACACGCAUACAAGUGUAUGCACCUUCUUUCUAGUCUACACAGAGUAUACCAUACCAUAGAUGUACACAUGUACAUUAGUCUACACAGGGUGUAUACUGUAGGUGUGCACCAAGCCAAUCUAUUAUUUACCAUCCCUAACCAUAUUAUAUUACUCUAUUAAAUCAUUCUUUUAUUGUUAAAAAUCAUAUAUUUGUACUCUAAUUAUUAUUGUACUGUUGGAAAUCAUUAUUUUACUCUAAUUAUUAUUUAAUGUUUAAAAUCAUAUUAUUUUACUCUAUCUAAUCAUUAUUUUAUUGUUUAAAUCAUAUUAUUUUUGC